AAAACCUUAAAAAGCUGCCACUAUCCCCUCUCUCUCUUUUCGCACUCACACAUAGUUUCAAUAGAAUGCUGGAAUGCGUCUCGUUCAAGUCCUUGACUCCCACCACCAACAUUUCUUCUCUUCCUCCACCUUCCCAUUCUCAAUCCGAAGGGAACUCGACGGAAGAAGAAAACACUUCCGCCACAAGCCCAAAUGUGUCGCGCGAAUUCCAGCGGGCCGUGCAGGCCCACUCCUACAACGAGAUUCGGUCCAUGAUCCAGGCCCCUCCGCAGGUCCACCACGUCGACGACGAGGACUCUUACCACCGCCACCUCCUCUCUCAGGUCCUCCAACCGGACUCGCACAGCGUCCGGGAAGCCCUCGCCAAAUCCAAACCCCAAAGCAACCUCACGCGCCUCGUCUCCACCUACUUCGACCACAGCGAAACCGCCUCCGACUUCUGCCUCCGCCUCAGCCGCAGCGUCCGCCGCGCGCGCCUCCUCUACGCGCCGCUCUCCGACCUCCUCUCCGUCCUCCCCGACCACUCCCUCUCGCAGCCGCAGUGCGACCGCGCCUUCGACCUCUUCCUCCAGUUCGACCGCCACGACAAUCCCUUCGCGCUCUCGCGCCUCCACCCGCUCCGCGACCGCUUCUCCGCUGCCGCCACCGUCGUCGUUGUCGUCGCGCACUCCGCGGUAGGGUUUGCCGCCUUCACCGCCGCGCCGCCGCUGCUUUGCGCUCCUCGGCCGAGGCGGAGGGAGCUCGCGCGGCUGAAGCAGCUUGAGGCUGUGGAAAAUGGAACUCUUGUGGUGAAUGAUAUUAACACUAUUGAUAGUCUCGUUGAUCGGCUUCUAACCGCUGUUGAAGCUGAUAAGGCUUAUGUUAGGUUUGCGUUGGAGAGAGGAAGGGAGAAGCAUCCCAUACAGGAGGUGCUCAAACAGUUAAGAAAGAGCCAACCUGUUUUGGAACAUUUGCUUGGGGAUCUUGAGCAACACAUAUACUUCUGUUUUUACAGUGUUAACAAGGCCAGAUUUGCACUUCUCAAUGAGAUAUGCCUUCAUCAAACUCAUUAGUUAGUUCCUUGAUUCUUAAUUCAUGCAAGAAUGCAUUACUGACUCACAUUGAUAGGGAUAGACUCUGUUUAUAAUUUGACAUGGACUCUUUAUGAUAUGUAGUUAUAUACACCGAAUUGACUUGCUUUGUUUGAAUGUACUCAUUAUUUGGUUCAUUCAUGAGAUAGUGGUGCCAGUGCCGGCCAACCUUUUACUUGCCAUCAUAUUUUAGAUAUUAGAUGAAGGAUUUUUGUAUAGGGUCAAUAUUUCAGGUGGCUUAUGCUCAACAUGUAUGGUAUGUAAUCAAUUGUUAUGUAUCAUGAUGCACUUUAGAGUGUUAAUGUAAAUUUGCAACGUUAUCUUUUUUA